ACAACAGCUAGUGGAGACAAAGAAUUGCUUCUCCCUUUUCCCCCUCCAUGUUCCCAGUGGAGAGCUGAACCCAGCAUCCCAGAUUUGUGUGACUGCACAGGCAAGCAUUUGGAGACUAACUUCACGUUGGUACCCUAGCCCUCGGUGGCUCAAGGUGUUGGUUUUCUGAGCAGACAGGAGGCUCUUAAGUAGCACAGCUCCCUGCUCUCAGCAAGCCCAGCACAUGGGGAAGGGAGACACCCAGGAGGCAGCACCAACCACUUCAGCCUACCGCUCCGUCAUGGAGGAGUACGGUUAUGAAGUGGGCAAGGCCAUUGGCAAUGGCUCCUAUGGGACAGUGUAUGAAGCUUACUACACAAAGCAGAAGGUCAUGGUGGCUGUCAAGAUCAUUUCAAAGAAGAAGGCCUCUGAGGACUAUCUUAACAAGUUCCUGCCUCGUGAGAUACAGGUAAUGAAGGUCCUGCGGCACAAGAACCUCAUCAACUUCUACCAGGCCAUCGAGACCACGUCCCGUGUGUACAUAAUUCUGGAGCUGGCUCAGGGCGGCGAUGUCCUUGAAUGGGUCCAGCGCUACGGGGCCUGCUCUGAGCCCCUUGCGGGCAAGUGGUUCUCCCAGAUGACCCUGGGCAUCGCCUACCUGCACAGCAAGGGCAUCGUGCACCGCUUUUCUGCUCCUUAUAGGGACUUAAAGUUGGAGAACUUAUUGCUGGACAAGCGGGAGAAUGUGAAGAUAUCAGACUUUGGCUUCGCCAAGAUGGUACCUUCUAACCAUUCUGUGCGCAAUAGCCCUUCUUUACACCAAAGGAACUGUUUUACCCACCUCAGCCAGACCUACUGUGGCAGCUUUGCUUAUGCCUGCCCAGAGAUCUUGUUAGGCUUACCCUACAACCCUUUCCUGUCUGACACCUGGAGCAUGGGCGUCAUCCUCUACACUCUACUGGUGGCCCGUCUGCCCUUUGAUGACACCAAUCUCAAGAAGCUGCUGAAAGAGACUCAGAAGGAGGUCACUUUUCCACCUAAUUUGUCCAUCUCCCAGGAGUGCAAGAACCUGGUCUUCCAGACGCUACGUCAAGCCACCAAGCGUGCCACCAUCCUGGACAUCAUCAAGGAUCCAUGGGUGCUCAAGUUCCAGCCUGAGCAACCCACCCAUGAGAUCAGGCUGCUUGAGGCCAUGUGCCAGCCGCUCAGCACGGCGAAUCGUCGCCCAUCCUUGGAAAUCAGUAUCUGAAAGUGGCUGAGGCAGGGGUUGAGAGAGGAGCAAAGCAGGAAGGGUCUGGGGCAAAAAUCUUUUAUACCAAAAAUAAAUCUAAUUCUGAUUUAGUUUCA